AUGGAGAGCAGGACUCAGGUACUGGUAAAUGGGCACCAUGGUGACGGACCCGAGGUCCAGUCUACACGUCCACCUCCACCAGCAGAAACAGCAAAGUCCGAAUGCAGACGAAUGAAGGUGUUCAGGAAACCAAAACCUGUCCGAGUGACAGCGGCGUCAGCAGGAAGCACCGCUCUGGAGUCGACAGACAUGGAUAGUUGCCGGCCAAAAACGGAUUCAUUCCAAACCAUUCCAGACCCCGUUGCCGUGGAAACCAAUGCCAGUGGUCAGCAGCCCAGCAGACAGGAAGAGCUUCCAAAAGAGGAUGGGACAUCUCAAGAAGCUGAGCAUCCAGGGGGGGAGAAGGUGGCGGGACACGGGCAAGAAGGUCCCAUCAAUCAAGAAACAAAUCAGGAGAUUGAGGAAAGCCAAAAGGAACAAAUGGAUUUGGAGAAGGUACCAGAUGAUGUUUGGUAUGAGACUGACAAAGUCUGGUUUGUUGAAAAGGAAGGGUUUACUUUAGCUACUGUGCUCAAACCAGAUGUUGGAACUCCUGAGCUUCCAGAGGGACGGGUCCGAAUCCGUAUUGAAAGUGACAACCGGAUCCUGGACACAGAUGAAGAACUCAUUCAUAAAGUGAACCCAUCCAGGCUCAAUUACACGGAGGACCUUGCCCAAGUGACCCACCUGAAUGAGUCCAGUGUUCUCCAUGUGCUGCACCAUCGCUUUGGGUCUCAUCUGAUCCACACCAAGGCAGGGCCAGCCCUCCUUGUCAUCAAACCCUCGGGCACCGUUACCAACUACUCGGGAAAGCUGUUUAGGUGCAAGCAGACAGAGGGACUGCCACCACAUAUAUUUGGGGUGGCACAGAGAGCCUACUGGAACAUGUUGGAGCAUCGGAAAGACCAGAGCAUCAUCCCCCUGGGGUGGAGUGGUGCAGGGAAGACAACAAGUUGCCAGAGUGUUCUGGAGUACAUUGUUGGAGCGGCUGGCAGUGGAAGCACAGCUGUGACAGUGGAGAAAAUUCAGGCGAUGUUCACCAUUCUCCGAGCUUUCGGCACCAUUUCCACGCCACAGAAUAACCACACAACUCGAUUCUCAAUGGUGGUGUCGCUGGACUUUGAUCAGUUGGGGCGUGUGUCGGCAGCCCAUCUCCAGACUAUGUUGCUGGAGCGAAUCCACGUAACUCAGCAGCAAGCCCUUGAAGGAACGUUUAACGUCUUUUACCAGAUGUUGGCCGGCUUGGACCUGUCAUUCAGGACCGAGCUGCACUUGCACCACAUGGCGGAGAGCCAGCUCUUCGGGAUUGCGGCAUUGACAAACGUGGAGGAGAAGCAGAGAGCUUCCUUGGCAUUCAGCAAACUCCUGGCAGCCAUGGAGACGCUGGGAUUCACGGCAGAUGAACAGAAAGCCAUUUGGCAUGUGCUGGCAGGCAUCUAUCAUCUCGGUGCUGCUGGAGUGUGUAAAGUGGGCAGGAAGCAAUUCAUGAAGUUUGAAUGGGCCCAGAAUGCAGCCAGCGUGCUUGGAUGUGAACUGGAGGAACUCACAGCUGCCGUCUUCAAACAUCACCUCAAGCAAGUCAUCCAACAGGCAACUGGCAAGCUUAAUUCAGACGACACUUCAGAGAGCACAGCAGGUCUUCGGUUGACAGGUGUGGAGUGUGUGGAAGGAAUGGCUGCUGGAUUAUACGAGGAACUGUUUGCCAUUACAGUCAUGCUCAUCAACAGGUCACUUUCUUCCCAACAGUUGUCACUGACGUCGAUCAUGGUGUUGGACACCCCGGGCUUUCAGAAUCCAGGCCGCAGGAAGGACCAAGGGGCAUCAUUUGAGACGUUGUGUCACAACUACGUGCAAGAGCGGCUACACAUGCUUUUCCAUGAGAAAAUCUUUGUGUCUCAGCUGGAAAGAUACAAGGAGGAGGACAUUCAGUUGACCUUUGACAUGGAUGAAACCUCUCCAGCAUCUACAGUGUCAGUCAUCGAUCAAACUUCCAAUCUGUUCAAGGUUCAGCCACCUGCACAGGAGGAGGAGUGCAAGGGUCUGCUGUGGAUCCUUGAUGAAGAGGUCUUGGUUCAAGGCUCCAAAGACGCCAACGUCCUUGAUCGCCUCUGUUCCUAUUUUGAGAGGAAAGGACUGGAAAUAGAAGAGAAACAGCCACUGCGGAGGUGUGAGCAGGAGCAGCAGUUUGUGAUCUCCCACCAACUUGGCACGUGCCCUGUGAGGUACGACCUGACGGGGUGGAUCAACAAGGCCAAACCCAACCAGUCGCUGGAGAACGCCAGCCAGUUGCUGCAGGAAUCCAGAAAUGAGUUCCUCAAGAAGCUCUUCUCUUCACGGUCAAAAAUCCCUGCAAUAUGUCGGUCAGUGUCUGGGCUGGAAGGCACUUCCCAGCAGUCUUUACACAGGAUCAGCUGUGUGCGGAAGACAUUCAGCACCAGCUUCGCAGCGGUGAAGAGAAAAUCCAAGUGUGCGCUCAUCAAACUGCAGAUGGAUGCUCUCAUAAAUCUUAUCAAGCGUUCUGAGGUACACUUUGUCCACUGCUUUGUAGCAAGACCAGAGGGGAGCGAUACAGAAGGAAAAAUCCUUCCUCCUCAAAGGGCUGCCGAUGGAGCAGAAGUACAGGACUCCAGAGGCCAAUCACUGGCCACGUUUGAUAUCCCCACACUAAGGACUCAACUCCAGGGGUCACAGCUAUUGGAUGCACUUCGCCUCUACAGGCUGGGAUUUCCGGAUCACAUGGUGUUUGGUGACUUCCGACGCCGUUUCCAGGCGCUUGCCCCAGAUAUCCUGAAGAAGUAUGGAACCAUGUUUAUGGUCACGGAUGAGAAGAAGGCCACAGAAGAACUUCUUGCCUUGUUGGAUUUGGAGAAGCACAGCUUUACUCUGGGACAGAGUCGGAUCUUCUUCAAGGCUGGAGUCAUUCCUCGGCUGGAGAAACAGCGGCAGAGGCAGAUCUCCCAGAACCUGAUCCCACUGCAGGCACUGUGCCAGGGAUUCCUUGGCCGACAGCAGUUCAAGAAAAUGAAGACCCAGCGUUUAGCUCUUCGCUGUAUUCAGAAGAACAUCAGGAAGUACUGGAUGGUUCGCCAAUGGCAAUGGUGGCAGCUGAUGUCAUAUGUCCGACCCUCGCUCACCAUUAACUUGGCCAAUGAAAACCUUCAAGUCAAAGAGGAAGAAGUCAGUGUUUUACGGAAAAAGUUGGAGAAAUCUGAUCGGGAACGUAAUGAGAUGCGAGAGCAAACUGACCUACUCGAGGGCAAGAUUUCAGACCUCACAACAGAGCUUUCAGAUGAACGUUUUAAGGGUGAUGUGACCUAUCGGGUCUUGGAGAGUGAGCGUGCUGAGAGACUGCGCCUCACUCAGGAACUGAAGACUAAAUAUGAGAAGGUGGUGAAGGAUUUAACUUCUGUUGAGAAGCAGCUGGAGGAAACUCUGCUGCAGCUGCAGUCCAGGGAGCUGGGAGCUGCAGAAGAAUGGAAAAUGCAGUACGAUUGCACGUUGAUGGAAAUGGAGUUUCUCCGGAAGCGGAUCCGUAUGUUUGAGGAAAGGAUGGAGUCAGAGCUACAGAUCAGAAAGGAACUGGAACACAAGCUUUCAGAUCUCCAGGGAAGUUAUGAGAGCGCCAAGCGGGAUGUUCAGCAGCUCAGGAGGAAGGGAAAACGGUUGUCCACGGAUUUGGAGGACACCAAGGUGUUGAUGGAAGGUCAGCAAAGUCGCAAUCAUGAGCUGGAGAAGAAACAGAGAAGGUUUGAUAUGGAGCUGGCUCAAGCUCUUGGGAAGGCAGCCUUUGAGAAAACCCUUCGUGAGAAGGUGUCACAGGAAAGUCAUGCAUUGAGGACAGAACUUUAUCGGACACAACAGGACAUGCAGGCAAAAGAAUCUGAAGCCACGGUGUUAAAGCAGCAAAUAGCAGAGCUCAAAAUUGAACUGAGUGACCUUACGUCCCGUGAGCCCCAGAACAAGGAGACCGUGGCGCAGAUAAAGAAACAGCUUCGCCAUCUUGAGGCUACAACAAAGGAGCAGAGUAAAGAAAUCAGUGAACAAGUGGGAACCAUCGAACAGCUGGAGCAGACCCUCCUCCGUUUAGAAAUGGAGCUGGAGCGGAUGAAGCAGAUUCACUUAAAGGAACUGGAAGACAAGGAGGAAGAGCUGGAAGAUGUCCGUAAAUCCUGCCAGCGAAGGCUCCGUCAGUUGGAGAUGCAGCUGGAACAAGGGUUUGAGGAACGCCAGAUGGUCCUUCAUGAGAAGCAGGACCUGGAGUGUCUGGUUGGAACGCUUUGCGAACAGAUCGGCCAUCGAGACUUUGAUGUGGAGAAGCGCCUACGCAGGGAUUUACGACGCAAGAAUGCACUUCUGGUAGAUGCACAGUUGCUGUUGGGUACCAUGCAAGACCCUGGUCAAACCACCAGCAAGCUGGAGGUGGAGAAGCUACAGUUGCAGUUACAGGAAAGCACGGCUCGUUGUGUGGAGACUGAGAAGGCUCACAAAUCCACAUUGCAGGAGUUGGGAAAUCUCCAUGUUCAGCUGGAAAAUAUUCAGAGGGACAAGAAAACGGUUGAUGAACAGCUGUAUCAGUUGGAGCGUGAGAAGUCUGACCUGCUGAGACGUCUCGAAGAAGACCAAGAGGACCUGAAUGACAUCAUGAAGAAACACAAGGACCUCAUUGCUCAGACAUCCAAUGACAUUGCACAGAUACAAGAGCUGCAGAGUCAGCUAAAAGAAGCCACGAAGGAGAAACAGAACCUUGAAGAAAAGUUGCAGGUUGCACAGAGCAGGAUUGAAUACAUGGAACACUCGAUGGUGGAACGUGGGAUUGUAAGCCGGCAAGAAGCUACUAUCUGUGAUCUUGAGAACAAGAUCGAGUUCCAGAGGGCACAGCUGAAGAGAUUUGAGACCCUUGUUCUGCGUCUGCGGGACAGCGUGAUGAAGAUGGGCGAGGAGCUGGAGCAGGCAGCCGAGGCUGAGGCUCGCGAGAAGGAGAUCUCCAGUCACUUCAAGCAGCGCAUGGAGGAAAUGAAGGCCGAGAUGGACGAGCUUGUUCAGCGGGAACAGGAGGCCUCUCGUAGGUGCAUGGAACUGGGGUCUCAGGUGGAGAGUCUGAUGGCGAUUAAACAAACAUUGCAAGCAGAUCUUGAAACAUCAAUAAAACGGAUCGCAGACCUGCAGGCAGCCUUGGAGGAGGAGUCCAGUGACGAGAGUGACAAUGAAACUGAGAGUGACAAACAGUCCAUUGUGGGAUCCCUUCUGACUGAUGACCGUAGUGCUGGGUCAAGAUUGUGGCUGGGGUCAUCUGCGGGUCGCUCACCCACGUCGGGGGCAAGCGUGGCUGGGAGUCUGUCUCAAGGAUCGGCAGCGGACAGCGUCAGUCUCCACCGCUACAGGUCAGCCAGAGGUGAAAUGGAUCAAGGUAACAGCAGGCCAAGCUCUUCCAUGAGUAUGUCCAGCUUCAGAAGUCGAGAAUUUGCAAAGAGUCCCGACCAGCCUGAGGUUAACCGACCCACAGCUCUGUCUGGAAGAAGACCUCCUUCGGAAGAGGAGAAGUCUCCAAGUUCCUCGGUUGCUUUGUCUGAAUUUCUUGAGGAGCUAAGGCGAAAACGCGCCAGUGAAAGAGACCAGAUCAGCUUCCAAAUGGAAGACAGUUCUCCCCUGCCCAUCUACCAGACCGCAGGCAUUUCUUCACUCAGAAAACGUCCAACCAUUAAAGAUGAUGAUGACGAUUCAUUGCUGAGAUUGGAGACCCAGAGCCUCUCGUCUCUCAGGGACCGUGGAGGGGCUGGCUUAGUCCGAUCAUCCAGCCUUUGGUCUCUGCCAGCCACGGGUGAAUUACCUGAACAUACUGCUGCAAUCAAAAGAAACAGAUAUGGUUCAUGUGAAAUGUUGGCUGAAUCUCACAGUGCUUCGAGUGCCGUAGGUCAAAAGCCAAGUGUCUCCAUGAGAGAAACAGAUGGGGCACUUCCUCCCAGACUAAAGCCUCAACAAAAGUGGCUUGAGUUAUCGCUUGAAGAAGAUAUCGAUGUGCUACUCAGUGGCAAACCCAUGGUGUUCAAAAGCAAGCGGUUCACUAGCCUUCCUCAUGAGGAUCCAGGAAGGGAGAAUUCAAGUUGGAAGCUACCAAGCCUUAGCUAUGGGCAGGAAAAGGACAACAGUGAGAACGAUAUUCUUCCUGCAAUUCGAAGGUCCCAGAGCACAACCAACGUCGCCAGAACCACACAGGACACCCAGGCAAACUCCGGACCUCUUGCCAUAGAUUUUGCCAGCUUGCUUUCCAAAGGUGCUCCAGGUUUGGCCUCAUUAAAAAAAACUAUGGUGGUCAGGCCGUGUGCAUCCAAAGGAAAGAGUGAGUCUCUCGGCAACUCGUCUGACUCCUCUUCUUCCUCUGGGUCAACUGUAUCAUACAAAAGUGUGGAUAGCAUCAAGAACCGGCCUGGAGUGCAGAGGUCAAGAGUUGAAAGGUCAUCUGCCACACCAAUAGAAAAGGAAGGCUCAGAUGCCCUGGGGAAUAAAGGGGUUGAAGAGAAGUCUGAUAUUAACUCGGUUAUGAUGAAAUACCUGAAAAAGCCAGACAAAGAAUAAGAAUCUCUAAACUGCCGCCUCCUGGUUCCACAACAGCCUGAAGCAUUUGUAUAAUGAAAACUUGGACAGAAAAGUGCAGCCAGAGUAGGAAUUGAUCCAUUGCCAAAGAGACGCCCUCAGUGCUCAGUCAAGAAGGAUGUACAGAAAACUGAGUGUACAAACAGGAAUACAGCACUGAUUGAAAAUGAUGGUCCUCAGUUCUUGAGAUGGAAUUAAAACAUAAAGUUCUUGUCAGUCUGUUUGCUUCUACCAUCUGUUGGAAA